UAACAAUGACAAAACAAGGCAGUUCAACAGCAGGCAGGCAAAAGGGGAGAUUGCAGCUGCUGAACAGAAGCACAUUUGCUACUGAGGAGCCAGGUUCUCAUACAGGAAGGAGAAAGAAGACCAGUUUUGAGUUUGGAAAGGGGAGUUAAAGGAUUCCAAAAAUUUCAGCUAAAGUGUGUACAGGCCUGUGAGAGAGUGAAACAAGUACAAAGGGGGCACAAACUUACAGUAUAUCCCCCAGUAUGGACCGAGACAGCCACAGUGAGGAUACCCUGUCCACCAUGGUUCUGGAGAACAUAAAAAACAAACUGAUUCAUGCCUUCAGGGCAGCAGAAGAGUCCAGAGAAGAUAGUCAAGAGAGUGGAAAUACUGUCAGACCAGUCAGCAUCGGGAGGAGUUACCAAGCAAACGAGGAGCUGCGGAGGGCGCAGAUAGACGGAGCGAUAACCUGGCUUAGAUCUGAACUGCUGGAGAUGCGAUCACAGGACCUCCAGCUGGCUCAGACGCUGCUGGGGCUUAACACAGAGAUCCAAAGACUGAGGAGGGAGAGUUUCGGAGGAGUGGACGUAGAGGGGGACGAUCAGCCUUAAUUUAGCCCUGUAGUAAGACUCCUCUUUUGGGGGGACUUUGAGGAAGCAGGUGGAAAAGUGCUCAUUCUGUGGACAAUGAGGAAAAGCCUGAGGGCUCAAAUCGUCAAGCAUAAAAGAUUGAAUGCAUUUGUAAAGUGUAAAAAGAAAAGACAUCAAAUGCAUGUAAAAUGACCUGGCCAGAGGAAAAGAGAAUAAAUGUGCCUUCCUGUUAUAUGAUGCUGGCAUUAUUUUCAUUAGAUAUUUUGCACUUAUUUAGAGUUGUCCUUGCAUGUCUUGUUUUUGUUUUUGCAAGAACAAGGAACAAGAAGUUAUGAAUGUAAAAUUAUCGGAGAAUCACUUUUGUCACAAUGUUAAGAUGACAUGACAAAAAAAUAAAUAAAUAAAAUGUGCACUGUCAUUGAUUUCACAUCUUUAUUAUUCUGGCAUACCAUACCACUGUACAGUACCUGUUUGAAAUACUGCUAGGAGCUAAGAAAUAAAGUUAUGUUAGACUCCAGUGUACAGUUCAGAAAUGCUUUGAACAUCACAGAAAAACACAGUUUAAUUUUUACAUAUUGAAAAUUGAUGCGCCAUACAAGUUUAGGUAUCCCAAUCAUAUAACGUUCUAAAAGAAAUACCAGAAGUGUCUUGGUAUGGACAAAGAAUACUAUGUUAUUUUUGAAAGAUAAUAAAAAGAAUUCCAUAUUACCCUGCUGUUGGCUUUUACUGUCAUAAAGGUCAGUGAGCUAACAUGCAUACAUGAACGCACAGAUCUUUAAUGUGUUGAUGAAGGACGCAAACAUUUUCCAAGUUUAAUAACCUGAACAAAAACAAACCCAAGUUUCUCCCGUUUCCCGAUAAAUGUUCAUACAUUAAGACAACAUUUGUCUUGUCAUACUUAAUUCUGGACUUAAUAUCCUCUGUCAAUUAAUAUACAAAUAAGAAAUAUGUACACUUUUGAAAGAGCUUCUUCACAUUAUUGCCACGAGUUUCCUCAAGUGAUGCCCCAUAAUCAAUCAGUGAAAUACUGUGUAUGGCUACAGACAGCAGUUGACUGAGUUUACCAUUUAUAGGAUGACACAGCUAGCCUCUAGCCCCUAAAAUGCAUGAAAAUGGAUGUCCUAGCCCUAAAUAUCAAAGUAACUUGAUGUGUUUUGUAGGGGUGGGAAUCACUAUUGGCCCCACGAUACGAUAUUAUCACGAUUCAAUAUUAUUGUGAUUUUUUUUUUUUUUUGAAGAUUUAUUUUUGGCUUUAUUUGAUAGG